CUCUCCUCUCCGAGUAAUACCCACUCACCGCCUUGUCGUCGUUGAUCGCGGUCAAUAUUGCCCUGCCACCUAACCCCUCCGGUGAGCCGAUCGACGGACUUUGGGCAUCCACGUGUCGCAACCUUCGCCGUCAGGAACAACUGCCCGGCGGGUCUGCGAAAACAAAAGAGCCAAAAUGUCGCGGCUUUACGAGGCCAAGGCUUGUGGGACACGUGGCCGAAGCACCACGACUUAAGCAUAACGGACACGUGGCCCGUUUUUGGAGCUUUAAAUUUCGUCUCGACACGUGCUUUUACAGAGAGUCAUUGCCCUUGUACGACUCAUCGUCCCAGCAGGACGUCACACGUAAAUUAACGUCAGACCACGUGUCGCGUUACUACUUCUCCAGAUCGCCACUUGUCCGUCCCAGGGUUCUUUCGCUCUCUGCUGCGAGGGUAUUUUCGGUAUUUUGUCCGAAAAAUUUAUUCUCUCAUCCCUCUCCUCCCUCUCUCUCUCUCUCUCUCUCUCUCUCUAUGAACAAACUCAUUUUUGGUUUUCUGAUUUCGUUCUCUUUGUUUUCUGUGUUUUGUUCAACAGUAAUAGUCUAGAGUCUGUCUUUCUUGCUUCUGUUUGUUAAUUUUUUGUUUCCUUCGUAGUUUUAUUUGUUUGAUUCUCCGGCGAGUUUGGCCUUGCCGGCUACAGCUUUUGUUGGACUAUUCCUGUUGCGAUCUGGUUGGUUCUGUUAUAAACGGGUUUCUUUUGGGGUUUCUAAUGGAGAAGUUGUUGAUAAUCGAUUUUAUGGAUGUGGGUUUCUGUCCGAUGGAUCAGAGAGUGGCUGUGACGUCGGAAAACACGUAGUUGCUCGACUUGCUCUGUUCAAGUUUGGUGCUUAUGGAGGGGGCCGACGAGGCGAGAAACAAAGCAAUGGAACAUCUUUCUUGGAAAUUGGAAAAGUUCCCGAGAGAUCUGCUUGAGAGAUUCAUGUCUACUAAUCCGAACAGCCAAUCUGAUUUCGCGGCGGGGAGCGAAGCAGAAUCAGAGGAGAUUGAGCUAAAUCUUGGGCUCUCCCUUGGGGGUAGAUUUGGGGUCGACAAGAGCGCGACGAAGCUAAUCCGGUCGUCGUCCGUCGCCGGUGCAAUAGCGAUGUCGAGAGUCGACGAGGCUGUGACUGUGCCACCGGUCGCCUAUUCGGGGCUCAUAAGGACCUCUUCGCUGCCGGCGGAGUCAGAGGAGCAGUGGCGGAAGCGGAAAGAGCUGCAGACAUUGCGGCGGUUGCAGGCGAAGCGCCGGCGGUCGGAGAAGCUGAGGAAUUUGAUGGCAGAGAAGGAGGCCGCCGCCUGCCAAGAAGAAAGGAAGGAUUUUGAGGGCCAAGUUGGGAUGAGGUCAAGAGAUAAGCUCGAAAAGGAGCAGCAGCAGCAAUAUAUGACGUCGGCUAAUAGAUUUAGCUCUCCGCCGGCGCCACCGUCUGGGUUGCCUACUUGGGCAUCCGCCGCUGGGAUUGAUCCGAACGCCGAAGGCAGGGGCGGCGUUUUGGGUUCUGGUACUAGUCUGCAAGGAUUUCGGCAACCGUCUUCUCAGGGCUCAGCAGAAUCGCAGGGGGGGAGUUCUUCUGGGACGACUGAAUUGGAGAGUAAGCUUGUUCAAGGAUCCAGUGGUUGUGCAGAAGCAAGAAGCCCUUCUAGCAAUCAGUCGAUGAAUGAGCGAAGCAAUCAGGAGGUUGUUGGUUCUACUGGGACAAAGAUAAAUGAAAAUGCAUGCAAUACUUCCGGAACCCAUAUACAGAAUCCAUCUAAAAAGUCCAAUUCUGCAGAAAAUAUGAGGAAGGAAAUUGGGAUUGAUGCCAUGGAAGAUAUGCCUAGUGUUUUCACAAAAGGAGAUGGGCCUAAUGGUAGAAGAGUGGAGGGAAUCCUAUACAGGUAUGGCAAGGGAGAGGAGGUGAGGAUCAUGUGUGUUUGCCAUGGCAGCUUUCUUUCUCCGGCCGAGUUUGUCAAGCAUGCAGGCGGCAGUGACGUUGCUCAUCCACUUCGGCACAUUGUUGUAAACCCUUCCUCAUUGUAAUGAUCAUAUGCUCAUGCCAUCCCUUCCACAAAAAGGGGGACAAGGUAAAAAAAAAAAGAAAAGAAAAACUAGAAAAAUGAAAAUUUAAUCUUUAAAAUGUUCAGUAGUUCUUUUCAUUUAUUGUUUUUCCUAAUUUUUUCUUGGAAAAAAACUUCUUUGUGUUAAAGUGAUGUUCAUGUCUCCAAGGAAAAUGCUUUAAUGAAGUAGUUUCAGAUA